GUCCUAUGUGACCAUUUCCCCUCGAAGUUCGUCACAGCUACAGUGGGGUGAGGAGAUGAGAUGCGAUCGACCGCAUGGCUAUAAAAGCCAUCGUUGCCUACUCUCAGAUACAAGGGUCAUGACCUAGCUUCCCAGGUGAGUUUCAAAAUGGGGGUCAUCAAACAGACAAUUGCUCUAUUUACUCUACUGUCCAAAGUUGUUGCUAGCCCUGCCCAACUGGUUUCCAGCGUAUCUAAUAUCCCCUCAACACCUUCUUACCUAACUCCCGCGAUUGACACGGCAAAAUGGAAUGCCGCAACCGAGCAAGCAAACGCUAUCAUAGAGAGAAUGAACUUGACUGAAAAAUCCAUCAUGAUCACCGGGAACCUAGGCGUUGGCUGCAUCGGCAAUGUGAGAUCCAUUGAGCGGAUUGGUUUCACUGGAAUGUGUCUACUCGAUGGCCCGACUGCAGUGCACACAGGCGAUCUAGCAAGUGUGUUUCCCGCUGGCAUAACAACCGCAGCGUCAUGGGACAAGGACUUCUUCUAUCAGCGGGGAUUUGCACUAGGGACGGAAUUUCGAGGCAAGGGUGCUAAUGUCUUCUUGGGGCCCGUUGCUGGUCCCCUGGGACGGACUCCUCUGGGCGGACGAAAUUGGGAAGGCUUCUCGCCGGACCCGUACCUCACUGGCAUCGCCAUGGAUCUCACCAUCCGCGGAAAUCAAGAUGCAGGCGUGCAGGUAUCUGCGAAACACUAUGUCGGCAAUGAGCAGGAAACCCAGCGUUCCAAUUCUGUGCAUGAUGGGACCCCAGUAGAGGGGAUAUCAUCCAACAUUGACGACAGGGCCAUGCAUGAACUGUAUGUCUGGCCAUUUGCUCAUGCUGUUCGAGCUGGGGCAGCAUCGGUCAUGUGCAGCUACAACCGGUUGAACUUCACAUAUGCAUGCGAGAACUCGCGAGCCCUGAAUGAGAUCUUGAAACAGGAGCUGGGUUUUGAGGGCUACGUUGUCUCGGACUGGUUUGCUACUCAUUCUGGGGCCAAAGCGAUUACGGCCGGAUUGGACAUGAACAUGCCCGGCCCGAUUGACCAGACGGACUUCAGUCGAUCCUACUUUGGGGACAAUGUUACUGCUGCUGUAAAAGAUGGCAGUGUCUCGGAAUCACGCCUGAACGAUAUGGUCCGUCGGAUCUUGACACCGUACUUCUACCUCGGUCAGGAUAAGGACUACCCAUCUGUCGAUCCAUCCACUUCGGCAGUGAUGGCCAAGACAUAUAACGCAUAUUGGCCAAUAAAUCCACAGGGAAGAGAUGUUCGAGGCGAUCAUGCGAGAUUUAUCCGUCAAAAGGCCGCCGAGGCUACCGUUCUCCUGAAGAAUACCAACUCUAUCCUACCGCUCAAAGCGCCCGUACCAUCGGUGAUCGGGGUCUUUGGAAAUGAUGCAGCAGACCUCACGCAAGGGCUCGUGUACGACGGGCCCCAAAGCGAAAAUCCAGACUUCGGGUAUGACAUCGGCACGUUGGUGAUUGGCGGCGGUUCAGGAGGCGGUCGAAACAGUUACAUAGUCAGUCCUUUGGAAGCGAUCAAAGCUCGCGCCAGAGAAAAUAACUUUCGGGUGCAAUAUAUCCUCGAUAAUGCCGUCCUCGCGAGAAAUGACUUCUCGGGCAUAUACCCAACGCCAGACGUCUGUCUCGUGUUCUUGAAGACGUGGGCUAGAGAGGGGGUUGAUCGUCUCUCAUUCGAAGCCGAUUAUAAUUCCACCGAAGUGGUGAACAACGUCGCAGGUCAAUGCAACCAGACCGUUGUUAUCACGCAUUCCGGCGGGAUCAACACCAUGCCUUGGGCUAAUAAUCCCAACGUCACUGCGAUCCUGGCGGCGCAUUACCCAGGCCAAGAGACAGGUAAUAGCAUCGCUGAUGUCAUAUUCGGGGACGUGAAUCCAUCAGGAAGACUCCCGUACACUAUCGCCAAGAAGGGGGAAGAUUAUAAUACUGGACUCCUCAACCUGACUGGCCCUUCGCGGACGGAUUCCUCUGCUUGGAAAGUCGACUUCGAAGAGGGACUGUUCAUCGACUAUCGGUACUUCGAGGAGAAGGAUAUCGAGCCGCGUUAUGAAUUCGGAUACGGUCUGAGCUACACUACCUUUGCCUUGUCAAAGAAAGCCUCGUUAUCCACAAAGAAGCUCAAUAUUCCCCAACUUCCACCAAAGUCGACUCACAGUGCACCUGGUGGAAACCCCGCGUUAUGGAAAGAGGUGAUCGGCGCAACUACAUCGGUCAAGAACACGGGCUCUAUCUCCGGAGCGACGGUCGUCCAACUGUAUCUUGCCUUCCCACAAGAAUCAGUUCCUACCGGAACACCUAAGCGGGUCUUGCGAGGGUUCGAGAAAGUGUCCUUGCGUGCGGGAGAGAGCAAGGUGGUUCGCUUCCCGCUCACUCGCCGCGAUCUUAGUUAUUGGGAUGUGGUUGCUCAGGAAUGGAGGGUACCCAGAGGCGAGUUUACCGUUCAUAUUGGAUUUAGCUCGAGGGAUUUGCCGCAGGAGGUUGGGUUUCAGGUUGCUGGAUGAGGUUGAUUUCCAGGAUCAUGACACCGGGUUAGGUUAGCCUUUUGUCAUCUGAACGUACUAAAGAACCCUGGUUACAUGUCCAUUUAGUGGAG